GGAAAUAAAAUAGUUUAUUAAAAAUCUAACGGUUAGAUAUAUUUAAUUAUUUGUAACUUUCAUAUUGUUCAUAAAACGCUUAGUUGUAACCACUUGAAUAGUGUAAUAUAUAACGCAUGUAUACGAAAUACACAAAAAUAUAGAUAAAGAGAAAAUAUGUACCCUUGGUACCGGGAGAGCGUAGCUGCUGCUGCAGCCGCCGGUCUUGGCGGUCCUGUAGGAGUUGUCGGUUCUGGAUUCUGCUCGAGUGCUCCCGGACAAGGUGGUACUACCAUUAAAACGGAAACCGGCUAUUCAGAUUGUAUGCUGGCUCUCGAUUAUGUGCAAAGCAAGAAAGCAUCUUUUGCAUGGUCAGAAGGGGGUGAGGAAGGUGGAGGGGGAGGUAGUAGUGGUGGCGUCGGUGGCGUUCUUGGUACAGGAAGUACUGCUAAUGGUGGUGGAGGCAGUGGGGGAACUGGGACAACUGGUAGCACAGGGGGUACUGGGGGAGGCUCAGGUAGCACCGGACUGGCCCACUGGGUCAGUGUUAUGGCAGAACAUAUACACAAUCCGCAUUCAACGAGUAGUGUUGUUGGCGUCCAUCAUCAACAGCAGUCGUCGCCUCAGGCACCUUAUCCUUGGAACAAUGGUUUAUCUACUGAUCAAUGUAAUCCACAUGACAAAGAAAGCGAUUAUUGGAGCAGUGCGAGGGGAGCGAAACAAGGAUAUGAGCAUUUUCUGUUACAGGCUAAAAUGAAUGCCGAACAUGGUCAGAUACAAAAAGGUGAUGAUCAAUACCGUGGAACAGGUGGUAGUAGCAGUGGUAGUCCUCCCACGAGUCUUUUAGUGGUGCCUCAACCCCUUACUGUGAAACCAUCUCACCCUUCACAUUUAAACUCUCAUCUUGCCGGUCCUCACGUUCAUCCGCAGCGAAAGUAUCAAUGUAAAAUGUGUCCACAGAUUUUUGGAAGUAAGGCGGACCUGCAGCUACAUACACAAAUUCAUAUGCGUGAAGCUAAACCGUACAAGUGUACCCAGUGCUCUAAAGCAUUUGCUAACUCAUCGUACCUGUCGCAACAUACACGCAUCCAUCUCGGUAUAAAACCAUAUCGUUGUGAGAUCUGCCAACGUAAGUUCACGCAGCUAAGUCAUCUACAACAACACAUUCGCACACACACUGGUGACAAACCAUAUAAGUGCCGGCAUCCAGGUUGUACGAAAGCAUUCAGCCAGCUAAGUAAUUUACAAAGCCACUCGCGUUGUCAUCAAACUGAUAAACCGUACAAGUGUAAUUCUUGUUAUAAAUGCUUUUCCGAUGAACCUAGCCUUCUUGAACACAUACCUAAGCAUAAAGAAUCUAAACAUCUCAAGACUCACAUUUGUCAAUAUUGCGGCAAGAGUUAUACACAGGAAACUUAUUUAGCCAAGCAUAUGCAGAAGCAUGCAGAGCGCACUGAUAAACGGCCACCUAUUAUCGGUUCAGGUCUUAGGCCAUCUAUUCACUCAAUGACUGGACACCAUCAAGAACAUUAUUGGCCUAAAGUCAGUCCUGAUUCAGUUAUUAGUGAAUUGCACGAGCGACUACCUCAUCACCAUCAUCCAGCAGCUGAAUAUCAUCAAGCACAACCAUCAGGGGAAAUGUUAUUACCUCCGCCACCUCACUCACAUCGGGAUUCUCUUGAGAACGAUUCAAGGCAACAGACGCCUCAGCCAUCUAGCGGUCAACAAAACCACCCAAAUCAUUCCACUCAUCCGAAUAGUAGCUCAGCCUUCACCCCUAUCUCCUCUAUCUCUAUCAAUUCAAUCUCUUCAAUGCAGCAUCCGCUUAACCCACUCAACCACCUGCAUUAUCCAACAAGCCACCAUCCAGCUUCAAGACCCUACCUUUACGAAACCUUCAAUUCCCAAAAGGCUUCCACAACUUCUGCAGCUUCGACUGUAGCUACUAGUGUGCCAACUAAUCAGAAUUCUUCAUUUCCAAACCAGCUUAUCAGCUUGCACCAAAUCCGAAAUUAUGCUCACCAACCAAAUCUAGGCAAUCUUGGCAAUCUCGGUAACUUAAGUAAUCUAAGUAACCUGGGCAACCUUAGUACAAGUAUGGAAAGCCACGCACUCAUUGGCAGCCUCAAGGAUAAGUAGUAGCCAUUUGAACAUACAAACCAAGCAGUACUUAUCAUUACAAAGAAGAAUUAAUACAUGCACCAUAUAUUUUGGAUUUUUUUCAUUUAUUUUUUUCAAAAUCUCUGGAUGAUUAUACGCUAAAGUUCAUUACGAAUCCGCCUGUUUUCUGGCCAUGAGUUAACGUGUUUAUUUUGCUAUUUCAUCUUUAGUUAUUGCUAUUAUCAAAAUAACUAAGUGAAUAAUUUUUUGUGUCGUCCAGUAAUUCGCUUUGUUUUCCCUCUCUUUCUCUC